AUGGCCCUGCCCAGACUACUUUGGCUCGCUCUCGUCGCGGUGGCGUGUGUUGCCACCGCCACCGUACACGCCUCCAGCCCAGUUGCUUCCUCGCGUGGCGGUCCACCCGCGGCUGUGGUUCUGCGGGGUGGAGCGGCACCCACCCAGCAGCGGCGGCGGCGCAAGAAGAAAGCACGGCGGCCGCCUCCUCCGCCGAGCGCCUCCGACCGGCUCCGCACCGCUCUGAGCGGCGUGGCGGAAGGCGCCUCGUCGCUCUACAGCGCGGUGGAGGCGCGCGCGCGCGCGGCGGCGACGCCGGCGGAGGAGGAGGAGUACGAGGAGGAUGAGCUUGCGGCCGAGGGAGGCGACGGGUCUGCUGAAGCGGAGGAGGAGGAGGAGGAGGAGGAGGAGUGGGAGGAGGAGGAGGAGGAGGAGGAGGAGGCUCCAGCAACGCCGCCGCCGCGGCGCGCAGAUUCGCGGCUCGCGUCGCAGCGGGCGGCGGCGCGGAGGACAGUGGCGGCGCGGAAUGCGGCGGCGGCGGCGCAGGCGCAGGCGCAGGCGCAGGCGGCCGCAGCGGAGGAGGACGCGCCCGAGAUGUCAAUGUCGGAGAAGGGCGCCUUCCUCGGCUCGGUCGCCUUCUCGCCGGUCGGCGUGCCCGGCCUGGUUGUCGGCGGAGCGCUCGGCUUCGCGGCGGGCUACUUUGCGGAGCAGGUGGAUGCAGCGCGAGAGCACGUGGCGCGCGCGUAUGCGACGCGGGUGCAGCGCGAGCGGCGCGUGGAGAGCGAGCGUGCAAACACGCGCAAAGCCCUCGAGGCGCUCGAGACGGUCUCUGUCCAGUCCGACGACCCGGAGGAGGCGGCGCGCACCUCGGCCGACCUCACCGCCUUUCUGUGCGCGCCCUGCAACACGCGCUGCGCAGACUGCUCCGCGAGGAUCAAGCGGCCCGCCGACGCCUGGGUCUCCACCUCCCUCGGAGUCGUGGUGUGCGUCAACUGCGCCGCCGCGCACCGCUCGCUCGGCACGUCCGUCUCGCGCAUCAAGUCGCCCGUCUACGACCAGUGGGACGUGCCGAUGGCGACGGCGCUGCUGGCAAAGGGCAACGACCGCGGCGCGGCAGACUACUACGCCACGCCGCCGGCGCGCAUGCCGGGGCCCAAAGCGCCGAUGGAGGAGCGGCGCGCGCACGUGCGCGAAAAGUACGUGCGGCUGCGCUGGGCGACGCCGGAGCUACGCGCGGCGCGGCAAGAGACGCUGGCCAAGAGGCCUCGCAAGGCGGCCGGCGCGCGCCGCAUGGCGAGCCUGUCCAGCGACGCGGCGUGA